AUGGUUGUACUCGCGGCUUCAAUAUGCACCCGAGGAGGGAAGGCUGUCCUUUCACGGCAGUUCCGCGAGAUGGCGCGCACGAGGAUAGAGGCGUUGCUGGCCUCGUUCCCUAAACUAGCAGAUUCUGGAACGCAGCACACUAUCGUCGAGCAGGACAGCGUCCGAUUCGUCUAUCAGCCCCUCGAUGAGCUAUACAUAGUCCUCAUCACGAACCGUCAAUCGAACAUUCUCCAGGACAUCGAUAGUUUACACAUAUUUGCCCAGGUUGUAUCUAGCAUCUGCAAGAGUCUGGAUGAGAGAGAGAUCGUGCGCAAUGCGUUUGAACUUCUCAGUGCCUUUGAUGAAAUUGUUACCUUGGGAUACCGGGAGAACCUGUCCUUGUCACAGAUAAAGACAUUCCUCGAGAUGGAGAGUCAUGAGGAACGAGUCCAGGAAAUAAUUGACCGGAACAAAGAGCUGGAAGCAACCGAAGAGCGGAAACGAAAAGCAAAGCAGCUCGAGAUGCAACGCAAAGAAGCUGCCCGAAGUGGAAGAACUAUGGCUCCUCGAGCUCCAUCCUACCCAACCUACACACCACCUGUUCGAUCGAGCGUUCCAGAUGCGAUGGACUCGUAUGAGGCUGAGAAAAAGAAAGCAUUCUCCAAGCCCCUCGUCACCAGAGGCAAAGGAAUGCAACUUGGAAAGAAGUCCAAGAACACUGAUAUUUACGAAAAAGUACGAAGUGAACUUGGACCUGAAGCCGAAGAGAUGCCACUCGUUUCACCCAGCCCGGCAGCAGCAGCAGCAGAAGCUCCUUCAACAAGAGCAUCCUUAUCUGCAGACCGCGACCCAAUUCAUAUCACAGUUGCCGAGAGCAUGUCAGCGAAGCUAUCUAGAGACGGCGCCUUAAAAUCAUUUGAAGUCAAGGGUGAUCUCCAACUUCGCAUCUCCGAUCCUUCUUUCACCAAGGCUAAACUUGAUUUAACCGCGAACGCAACCCACGGCGCCCAAUACCGUACCCAUCCCAAUGUCGACAAAGCACUCUUCUCAAACCAAAAAAUCAUUCAGCUGAAAGACACAUCCAAGAGAUUUCCUGCAAACAAUGCGAUCGGUGUACUUCGAUGGCGUAUUGCCAGCAACGGCGAUACAGAUCUACUACCUCUCACUUUCACAGUGUGGGUUAAUAAGGGGUCUGAUUCGACCACCGUAACAGUGGAAUACGAACUGACUGGGUCAGACAACUUGCAAGAUGUUACCGUCACUAUCCCUUUCCAGACAGUAGAACCAACCAUUACGAGCUUUGACGCGAAUUACGAAGUGACAGGCGACACUCUAGAUUGGAACAUUGGAAAUGUUGAUGCAUCGAAUUCGUCCGGUAGCUUCGAGUUCGAGUCAUCCGAUCCCGAAAGCGACGAGAACGAGUUUUUCCCUAUGAAUGUCCGAUUCAGUAAGACAACGCCAUUCGCAGAUGUAGACGUUCUCUCGGUCUCGUUGCUGGAUAUGGAGGGAGAAAGCGUUGGCUUCACCCAGGAUAUCAAGUGUGUUGCUGAUGGGUAUACUAUUGAGUAA